AUGAAUUAUCGGGCUUGGAUAUACCUGAUAGGUUGUGUGACUUCAUUGGGCAUGGCUCAGGCCAAGCGCAACCUUACCAUUGAUCUUGCCAAUUUGACUUGUAUAUUAGUUGAUCCCUCCUAUGGCAAGGAGUUGACCUGUAUUAUUCAUAGGAGGCGCCCCGAACCUAUGUUAUCUGCGCGCUUCAUACUCGUCAAAACAGUGUCGAAAUUUAAUAUCCACUUUUAUGUGGACAUUAUCAAAUCGGACAACAGUAUAAUUAAAUUGGGCAACAACCAAGUCGAUGGCUGCAAAUACCUCAAAUUGAUGUAUAACGAUAAUAUGUAUGGAAAGUUGUACAAACGUAUUCAACAGCACAGCAAUUUGCCAAAAAAGUGUCCAAUACCUGGCAACAAACUCUUCGAAAUUCGCAACUAUACGGUCCAAGCGGAUGAUUAUCCACCAGCUGUGCCCGAGUUCACCUUUCGCAUUACAUUGAAAAUACUGAAAGAUGAUAAUGUUGUGGCAAUAAUCUUCUUUGUUGCCAGCACAAUCUAUUAA